UAGUGAUCAUCGAAAUUUCCUCUUCAUCUCAAAACGUCAUCACAAAUUACCCUACGCAACCUCUCCGAAACCUCUUAUGAAUUCCACUCCCCCGGCCCCUUUCCUACUCACAGCACAACACCCCCACAAGGAACAACGACAACAACAACAACAACAACAACAACACACAAAUCUUUUUGCUCCCAGAAAUGGCCGCACAAAACACUCUCCCUCUCCUGCUCCUCGCCCUCCUCCCUCUCGCCGCCGCCUCCACCUUCGACGUCGCCAACAAUUGCUCCUACACCGUCUGGGCCGCCGCCUCCCCCGGCGGCGGGAUCCAGCUCAACCCGGGCCAGUCCUGGUCCUACAACGUGCCUGACGGCACCACCGGCGGCCGCGUCUGGCCUCGCACCGGAUGCACCUUCAACUCCACCGGCAAUGGCCACUGCCAGACCGGCGACUGCGGCGGCGUCCUCGCCUGCACCGGCUCCGGACAGAGCCCCAAUACUCUCACCGAGUAUUCUCUCAACAACCCUGGGGGCCUCGACUACUUUGACAUCUCCCUCGUGGAUGGGUUCAACGUGCCGCUGAGCUUCAAGCCGACGUCGAACGGCUGCACGUCGGGGCCGAGCUGCGCUGCCGACGUAAAUGCGCAGUGCCCGGCAGAGCUGCAGGUGCCCGGGGGGUGCGGCGACCCGUGCACGAUCUUCGGGACGCCGGAGUACUGCUGCCCGUCCCCGAGCAGCUGCAACCCGACGAAGUACUCCAAGUACUUCAAGAGCCAGUGCCCUCAGUCAUUCAGCUAUCCUUACGAUGAUAACAGCGCCACUUUCGCUUGCCCUGGAAACACCAAUUACCAGAUUGUGUUUUGCCCUUAGAUCAGAGAUACUACUAUACGUAUAUUGUACGUAUAUUAUCCGGACCAAGUGAGGCCUCAAAUUUUGUCUAUUGUUUUCGCAGAGCUAUUUUGAGUUGGAUGCAUGGUUAUACUUUUCCCCUUUUGGUUUUUGUGCCUUUUAAUUAGAUGUGUGUUUUUUCUCCACUUUAGCAAAUUGAAGUAUGAAAUGAUCGAUCAUUAGUGUUACAUGACAUGGACGAUAUAUAGCCGGGGAUCAGUUUGCUGUUCUACGAAAUUAUGCCAAUCCAAAAA